CUUUGUCAUCGAUUACUAACAGUUAUAUCCUGUUCGUGCGAAUCUUUUGAAUAAGUUGAAUCUAUGUAUAUUGAUGACAACAUGGAUAAAUUAAUAAUUAAAAUGAUAUUGAUGAUGCUGCCGAGUCUAUGCCUUUCCAUGAAGUGUUUUGAGUGUAAUUCGGAACAGUUGCCACGGGAAUGCAGCUCCGUCUUCAAGUUGACCAAGGAAAAUGCUACCUACAUCAGAGAUGACUGUGACACGUGUCUCAAGGUGUAUUUCGUUAAUGGCUCAAGUUACCAGAGACAUUGUCGACCCAAGGUUUCCAGUGGCUACCACCUAUCUCUCGGAUGCGAGAAGGAUGGGGACAAACGUACAUGUUAUUGUCAAGAGGAAUUGUGCAAUGGAGCUAGGAGUGAGCUCGCUGCGUUCACUAUAAUGAUUUUUGUUUGCAUAUCUGCCUACCUUUUGUAUAGUUUCAUGUCUCCGGAUACCCUUCAUCUCUGAAUGAUAAAUAAAUACUCGGAUGAAGUUUUAUCCGUACCUUAUUCGACGCAAGCUUUGUUUUAUUACGUUGAAUGGAGAAACCACAAACUAUCAUUACCAUUGCUAGUGUGAACUCUUAAACAGGAUCUUGGUUAAAAUUUAGGCCACUGAAUGGGCUUGUCUCUGUACAAAGUUUCCAUUGUUUUAUCUAUGUAUACAAAUCUAUAUCAGUUUUCCUUUUAACUCGUUUACAGGCCUGUUUGCGAGUGUUUCCGUUUUUUUCUUCCUUAAAAUAAACAUAAAACUUGU